AUGGCAUCGUUAGGACUUCAUUUACUUACAAUUGUACUUGGUGUAUUUUUUAUUUUUCUUGGACAUCUCAAGGUAACGCCACAAUUCUUUCCCGAAUAUCAUAAUUAUAUUAAAAAUGAGUUUGGGAAAUACAAUAAAGAAUUUCCAUUCUAUCGUCAAACUAAUUUUCGACCAUAUGCCAAAAACUACCGUUUAGGCGUUGGAAUAACGGAAAUGAUCUGUGGUGCAUUACUAAUUUUAGGCGGAGGUUUUUUAAAAACACUAUCCAAUAUUAUUUUGUUGGCUCUUACUGUUGUGGCGACAUUAACAUUUCAAAAAUUACAUUAUUCAAUCGAAUAUACAGCGCCCAUCCUUUUAACCACUUUUUUGUUAGUAGCACGUAUGUUAAUGGCAUUAAAAUCGAAAACAGUCGAAGUUGUUAAAUCGGCAAAGAAAAAUGUCGAGAAAAAAGUCAGUUAA